AUGCUGCUGCUGCUGCUGCUGCUGCUGCUGCUGCUGCAUGGCACAGAUGCCAGGGGUUCGGCUCCUCAGUGGAUUCCCCAGCGUUCUCUAUGCGGUUUCUGGUAUGUGAACUCGAGAGAAUAAUCACUAGGUGCAGGACAUGCCAGCACCGAUUAAGGCUUCACUUCCUUGCCGAUGUUCAACAAAGGACGUAGAGAUUCGCGAUUCUUGGAUAGUACCUGCACCUAUUGGGGGAAUUUCAGGACAACUGACCUCUCCUUAUGUGCUGCAUACAGCUACAGUGAAUAUAAGAGUUCACAUUAAAACGCUCGCUGUAACCACUGCUUGAGGCCACAGAUAUUUUUGGCCUUCGAGAAAAACCGCCACAAACGCAGGUCAUAUAAAAAUCGUGUGCUCGACUGGCGCAUAAAAAAUGACUUUCCUCUAGCUCCGGACGGUAGAAGUUGUCAGCUUCUGAGAAUUCUUAGUCUCCUCAUUCCUGGAAGGAGAUGGCAGAACCGUAGGCAUAAGGGCAAAUAGUGCUGCCUGCGCGGUUACGUAACAAUGCUAGUACUUGGCUGACUGAACACUUGAUUGCCCUGUAUGCUAAUAAUAUCGCCCCUUGAAAGGCCAUUACUUCGACUUUCUAUGGGGAAGAACUCCCGGCAGGAAUUCGCCACUUUCGAUAAUUCCAUCAGGCAAUAGUUGCUACCGGUUCCCGCUGUGUAACGCUUCAAAGUCCGAAAUUUAGACUUACUGCACAAAUCUACUCCGACAGUCGCAAAUGCCUCGCUUCAACCACAUGCUGAUCGCUUUCAUCGCGUUCACGCCCCCCCCCCCACCUCAGGCCUCCCUGCGACAGUCAAAUGCCUCGUCGACCAGAGGUGUUAGCAAGUAAGAAUGACUCAAAUCCAAUCCGACGAGACUCAUUGAUAUGCAGACCUCACUGACUAAAGUGUCUGAACUGCAACACGCGAACAGUAGCGUGCCAGGCAUGUUCGGGAGAUCAUCUGCAAGCAGAUGACUGGAGUGGUCAAACACCCAACUGCCAACAAAUGAAAGACACCUAGAAGAUCGGAGGUUAUGAGCGAGCUCAUGAAGCUGGUCGAUCAUAAAAGACAUCCAGUAGUACAGACAGACAUUUCUUGCUAGCCGCGAGCAUUAGCACAUUCACUUCUGCGUCAGUGUUACAUAAACUGCGCUCACUUUCAACAUCUUUGCACACAUUUGGUCUCAAAAGUUAACUUUCAAGGUGCGUGUUUUUGGUGACCUUUCGAUAAAUGGGCAAAAUUUGGAUGGUCGAUGUAAAUUUGCCUAUGGAGCACUGUGAAAGCAGAACUUUUCAACAUUUAAGUGAAGAAUCGCAAUUCUGAUUCAGCCAUUCUGAGCUUGGAAGUAGACUAUUAAAUGCAAUCGGCGAAAAGUCUACAACUAAAUCAAGUCGUUCGGGGCGGGGAAGGGCGAACUGUGCGUGCGAGGGCUCGUGUGGGUAAAUGGUGUGAGGGGUCGACGGGAGUCCUGGAGCCCCAACAUACACUCGAUAUUCACGUCUCACUUGUCCACCCUGUUCCAGGGCAUGUGACCAUCUCAGGGAUCGACUCGAACAUAUGCACACCCAUGAACGUUUUCAGUAAAAUAACACAAUCCAGAUCCCAUCGCAGCAGCCUCAGUAACCUCAGUGAGCAUGACGAUGAUGAUGCUGAUGCUGCUGCUGCUGCUGCUGCUGAUGAUGAUGAUGAUGAUGAUGAUGGUGGUGGUGGUGGUGAUGAUGAUGAUGAUGAUGAUGAUGAUGAUGAUGAUGUGGUGGUGGUGGUGGUGAUGAUGAUUAUUAUUAUUAUCAUUAUUAUUAUUAUUAUUAUAGUUACGAUUGUUUUCGUUCAUCACGCACAAAUAUAUUGGGGUAAUUCCAUCGGUUUAGGGGGGCUCAUUAAGUUUUCUCUUCCGUAUACGUUUGCCCAGAUCAUCAGAGAAACAUAGGGAUCCCAUCCAAGUAUGUCAGACAGUGAAGGGACGUUCUGACUUUAUACACUAUUAAAGACAGUAAAAAUUCCAUACAUCGAAAUAUCUACAUCGAAUUUCCUCAGACUUCCGGGGAUCUUAUCACACCACCACUUGAGUAGGUGCCUUUUCGGUACCGUGAGUUUUCGGCAGCUGAAGCAGGCGUCUCGUAAUUGUCAUAACAUCAGACGUAAUAGACUUACUUCGAGUUAAAUUUGCUUGUUCCUUAUCUGAAGCUUCUGACUACAGAGCAUCCGACCACCCUCUCAUUCGUCCCUUUCAAUAAAUUAGAUAUGCAUUAUUGAACUUGUAAGUUUAUCCUGACUAAGAAUUUUGGGUAGGCAGUCCCCCUCCUUUCACGAAGUAAUGUACGAUAACGAUGAAUAAAUGGUUAUCUCUGGUGACAUACUGACUUGUAGUAAAACAAAAUCUCACGAGAAGCUGCAAUUUUAUCAUCGGCGUUGGUCCUGUGUAACCUGUGUGCAGGGCCAAUUUAACGAGUCCAACAAUUCAGGAAAAGGUCUAGCAAAAUCACUUACUAUUGCAAAAAAGUUAAAGUGCCAGGAUUUAUUAGUUGCCGCUCGAGUGCUUUCGGUCUCGAAGAAACGCAGCUCAAAGUAAUGAAGCGAGCACUUUAUCAAGUUCAAGCGAUCAUUUGCGAUCAAAAGGGCUAUUAAAAGGGUUUUCGUGGAACGGAGGAAGUUCGUUAGAACGCAGCAUGCAGUUUGGGUAAGAAAGUACGAAAGCAUGACCACAGGGGUGCCAAUACGAGCAAAAAGGUAACUUCCAGGAAACCGUCGAGAAGAAGUAGACGCGACCGCCAGAGCAAAAUUUGCACGGUUCUUACUGGAGCCCAUCAUUAGAAAGAGUAGCAGAUACAGUAGAUGUGCUAACUCAUGAAAUGUCAACCAAGAUUUCUAAAUGCGUUCUCGUUUCGAAAAGAUAAAUUAGGCAGUGUUGUAAAACUAAUCAUGAUGCAGCAUAAAUCUAUAAUGAUCCAGUUACCUCAGGGUGUCGGCUUUCGAAAGAUCUUAUUUUCGGCUGCCUGCAAGAUCUAUACUCUGUAAAAAACGGCUACUUAAGUAGCAUUCAAUGUUCUCAUUGAUUUUCGAUGCCCUUGAAAAUUCAAUUAUAUUUCAUGGGAAACAUGCAUAAAAAUAUUCAUUCUUUUACUUAUUCGGUAGAAAAUCACGUCUUCCUUCAAUUUCACACUUAAAUUGCAUGCUACUUAAGUAGUCGUUUUUUGCAGAGUAUAGAUCUUGCAUACAGCAGAAAAUAAGUUCUUUUUAAAGCCGACACCCUGAGGUAACUGGAUCAUUAUAGAUUUAUGCUGCAUCAUGAUUAGUUUUACAACACUACUUAAUUUAUCUUUUCGAAACGAGAACGUAUUUCGAAAUUUUGGUCAACAUUUAAUGAGUUAGCACAUCUACUGUAAGUGUCACGGACUCAAGCGGGGUUCAACCUCUAUAGGACGCAGCCGCCACCCAAACCAUAACUGCCAUUUCUUGAGUUCAUCCUCGAUGGUCGUAACUGAUUCGGUGACCGAUUGCUUGGGCGUAUCCGAGCCUCUAAUUGCCUCAGUUGUGGCCACGGAUUUGACUUCUGGAAUGAUAGUCGCUCGAUAAUCUUGCUCGCUAAUGCUGUCACUGAGAUCGGGUUUUGCCCUCGCGCUGCCGUGUGACCAGUUAUUUUGCACAGCUAAAGCGCUUGAUACAGGAGAGGAAGAUCAUUGCGCCUGUUAGUGAUGUGCGAGCCGGAGACCAUGACUCAAGCAGCCUGAGGCUCACGGAGUUACCACCUCUCGCGUAAGUCGCAGCCUCGAUGUUGUGUCGGGGUUUUGUCGAUUGGUUCGUGGCCCAAAAUCUGGUGUCAUUGCACCCCCAUUUAUGCUGAAUGUUCAGCCAUCCGCGUCCGAGUAAAUAACCCAGUUUCAUCGGCGUAGUUGUUUUGUCUGCAAUCGGACCGGAUCCGGUAAACUGCUUCAGACGUUUUCUACCAAUCUCAUGCCUCAGUAUCUGAGAGUUUGUUCCGGUCUGUGUGCGACUACAACUGCAGAUGCCGCGAGAAGGCGGCUAACGGCUCCUGAGAUGUUCUUGAAUUACAGGGAGUUAGCCAAAUUUUCGCCUGGUCUAUCGUCUCGUUUGCAUACAUGCUUGCCGACAAAGUUGUGCGUUAGUCAUUCAUGCGGAUUGGCCUUGGUGCUGCAAUUUUGGGAAAAAUUGUCCCGCCGGGCCACAAAAUACCUUAAGUUGCACCGUAGCUGCUCGUGGAUAAGCACUCACGAUAGGAAUCCGAUCCGUCUAAUGUAGACGGCCGUUUGUCCCGAAGGUUCGAAGAUAAUAAUCAAAGCUGAAACGCCCCUUAGGCCCGCAAAAAGGGUUUUGGUUUAAAUUAUCCACAAUACGUGAGGACGUCAUCUAUCGAAAUUACCGAAAUUAACGAAUUUUAUAACGGAAAGCAAGCUAACACUUCGGAUACGGUUGAGAUCCUCGCAGGGAACCUCAAGUAGUUUGUCCGACAACAACCUUAACCAUCGCAUGUUUUGUCCCAGCAAUCGUUCCAUGUCAAAAUUCCUCCUAAAGACCGGAAAACGACUCGCAUUACCAGUAUCAAUAAAAAACAAGUUCGCGGUUAAGUACAGACGUGAUGGCCUUACAUCUAUCGGCUAAAAAGUGCAAAAAGGCCUACCAAAUAAUUGAAUGGUUUAUUCGGUAUUUCGUAAUCUCCUGUCCAAAGCCCACUAGGGGUUUCUCAAAGCUGAACAAAGAUGGCCGACGUAAUACAUACUGUGUACGUCGGUUUACGUCAAAUCUAGGGGGACCAUUACGUGUGCCUUACCGGUGACCGCUGACAGAUUCGCAGCAAUGUUCAUCAGUACUGAAGUUCCUAAAUGGAUUGGAAUUUUCCGCGUCGGUUGUUCACGACUUGUCUUAGUAGAGCAGUGACCUUCUUGGCGGACAGCCAUAUGAAGUUGAUUUCCGCAAAUUUCAAGGCCGGGGCUGACCGUGUUUCUCGUAUUUAUUAAUGUUCGCGUGCAAAAACAGAAUUGCGAUGGUGUCAUGUUGGCGGAUGACAUUAAUUUUCGGAUAGCCGUCCAUAUUUCUCACAAAAUCCUCUUCGCCUAAAAGAGUGGUCCCGCGCGCGCUUGCUGCAGGACUAGAAUGUCACUCCAACCAACCGAAACAGAGAAACACCUUGGAUUUUGGAUCACGAAUACAACAAUGCUUUCUGCAACAGUACUUGUGUAGGUAUCAAGAGUCGUCACUUUAAUAAUGUAGGCAGUCGGGCGUUUCUUUGCCGUUUUUGGCGAAAACAACUUCUCCGAAGCCUUCGAAACAUCCGUAUGGUCACAUCUUAAAUAUGUGUUUAAGGCCUGAGUGUAAUAGAUAAAUCAAGAUUACAUCAUGAAAGGUCCCAGAGGCAAUCCACCAGAUUACUUGGAGUUCAAGAAAUAUUGUCUUAUUCGAGCUGGAAAAAUAACAUACAUCUAUUUUAUAAAACCAUAGAUACUAUCGCGGAGACUUGUCACGAACCUUCCCCAUCCUUCAUGGAUAGACGGAGUUCUCUUCUGUGGUGAUUUCCUUAAGACUGUUUACAACAAGCCUCCGAGUGAGCACUUUUUAACUAAGUGUUCCUCUCAGAAGAUCCUGUGUCAGAAGUUAUUUUUCCCCCAACCGGCUUGCAAAGCUGUGAAAUAGCCCGACUGCGGCAAUUUUGAUCUCAGUCUGUCUAGAACUUAAACUAUGGCCUUGAGAGGCAUAUGUUACAGCAAAAGCGAGUUACGCCACUAAGUAUGGCAUACAUGCUUCUACCAUUGAGUGAUUAUGUCUGGUUCAUGGAGUUAUUGUGUUUCAAUUAUGUUGUUAUGAAUAAUCCUAGUUCCUGUGCGAAAUAAGCAGCCCACGGGGUUCACUCAAUUCUCCUUAAAUAAACUGAACUGAAUUAAGUUUUUCCCCGCACUGACCACCUGUAACACAUGACCUUCUCGCUGGCUUUCUAAUGUGAAAAUGUCUGGCCCCCAGUGUUACUUCAACUGGAAUCCAUUGGAAAACCCUGCAUAUUGGUUACCUGUACCAUACUGGCUAUGUUUUAAUACCGCACAAUCUUUCAUCAUCCAAUUUCCCCUUUCAGAUUUUACGCUGCUUCUUCAAACUUGGUCAUUUUCACUGUCGCAUUUUCUUUCAUACCGAGUAUAUAUAUCCGGUUCCAUUUUCGCAUCGAGAGCAAAUGGCUGGACAGCUUAGUUUACCUUGAUCAGAAACGAAAUCAACAUCUCCUUAGACCUUCUAUCCUAGACGUGGACAGAUAGAAUAUUGAUGUCAGUUUUCUCAAUCGGAAGUCGGACACAAGUAAUCGUAAUUAUUGUGGAGACUAUCGGCCUUCUCCACUGUCAAGCCUAUCUCGAAAUAGCACUUUGGUCAUGACAUGAUUGUUUGAACACUUAACAUCGAAACCAGAAACAUUUAGGAAACGAAUAUGCGAAUCCCAGUUUCUUGUUGUAAAGAAGAUGAAGAUCCGAUCUCUGGGACAGUGGGUUUAUUAGUCUGAGCUUUCGGUCUCGUACAGGAGGCCAUCGUCAGAGACUGUGAGAAGGCAACAUCAAAUGAGCGGUUUUUGUAGUCACGCCAUGAAGGGGGGGGAGAGAUAUGAGUGCAGCGGGUGGUAUUCUCGAUAAGUUGCGUCCCACGCCGUCUCACGGUGGCGUGACUGCGUGCACCCUUGGCUGGAAAUUGGGAAAGCAUAUAACUCCAGUUUCGAUUUUAAUCAGCCUAUUCGUAAGACGUGCCGGAACCACCUGAAUCUUAUGACCGCUACUCCCACUAUGAUGAGCAACCGUGACGUAAAUGGCCAUGCAUGUUCACCCCGGUCCCACUUGCCUUUGUCGGCAGUCACUUUCUUCGUAUAGUUCUAGUUGUGGUGCGAAUGCUUGCAGGGAUUUACACUGUGCUCCAAGGCACAAGGAGACGAGCUGGUCCCCUAACGCGAUUUAUGAACGUCUUUCAGACAUAUGUAGUUAAUAUCCCCGAUCACAACCGACAGGACAACGAGUCCAUGGUGCAGUGGUAGGGCGUUGAACGUAGUUUUACUCGAUGUGCGGGUUGGAGGCCCGUUUCUCACAAACCUGGGUUUGGACAAAGGCGGUUGGCGACAGUUAAUAAAUCGGCAAUGCCUCUCCUGGCCUCCCUUGUGUUAUGGACAUCCGCCGUCUGCAUAUUAGUAAUGAAAUUCCCAUUUCAGACGAUAUCGGAAUAAUGAAAGUAGCUUUAUUGUUAGGCGCCCGGAGGUAACUUUAAAUUUGGAACUGACACUGAAUUAGUAAAUAGCAUGAGUUGAGAAGUCAGAGGCAAACUCCAGGCAGAAAUGCGUAAAUAUAGUUGGAUUUUGGGUGAUAAAAUUAAGCAUGAGCACUGGGCUACCUAUGGGAAUGGACAUCAGUCCCAGAAGUGAAUGCGCCCAAGAGCAGGAAGUUCGGCCCAUUAAGGACGUUGUCUGCACCACUUCCAUCGUGAAAUAUUGACCGUAAUUUAGGAAAGGAGGUGAGGAGUAGAAAAUUAGACCACCGCUAACUGAAGAAUCCACUGACUGAACGACGGACAGCAAUCUCAAGGCGUUCCCACCCGAAGGACACAACGCAGGAGGCGCAAUGCCUGCGGGUGACAUCAGUUCAGAAGACGACUUCAGUUAACUUGAUGUCCAGAAGUUGUGGGAGCUGCCAUGAAUGCACAAAGUGAUAACAACUCCUCUCAACGAGGGAUAUUUUUACUUAUUGUUGACAUAUCCAAGUAGUUCAUUUCACGUGGCAACUGUGUUGACCAAAAGGAACUGACGAUAGCUGGCUACACCUUCCAGAAAACGCAAGUUAAAUACUACUUCGCGGAUAGAUAAUAUUCGUCAAAUUCAUCGGUGGAUCAAAUAAUAGCAAACAGAAUGAACAAAUACUCAAUUAAUUUGUUGUACACUUUACCCGAGAUAUAUUUUAACUAGAUUAGUGUGUCUAAAAUCCUUCGUGGCUACAGCGUAUAACGGAUUAUAAACGGGCAUCGUCAGGGCAGAAAUAAAUGUCAGCCAUGAGGGAUAAAUAUGCGGUUGAGACAGGAUUGGCCUGCAUGCGGCUUUGUGGACGAAAUGAGGAGAUGACAAGAAGAACCACGAAAAUCAUAGCUGCGGAGGAAGAGUAAUAACAGUGGGCUUAGUAGCAAUAUAAGUGAGAGUUUCCAACUAAACAGGCAAAAAUGAUUAUCUAUCAUUAAACCACAAGCGGACCCCUCUGAAAGUCAAGAAGCUGAGUAUUCGGGAAUGAGACGACCAAUAGCGACUUUAUACUUGCCAGUGUAAAGUGCUUACGUAAUUUUGAUUUCGAUGCCGAUAACUUAGACAUUUAUCUGAUUUCUCGUGGAUGAUUAUUCCAAAGGAAGGCAUAUAUGGAAGCAAAAAAGAGGAAGCGCAUAGAUGUAAAGCAAAGAGGCGGUGGAGCCCCCGUGGCGCAGUUGUGUUUGGCAUAAGACCGAUCUCUCGGCGUGAGAGUGCCGAUGAGCGGAAGAUUGGAGCUAUAAUUAAUGCGAAAAAGGAAGCAAAGGCCAGCUUCGAGUCUCCUAACUUGAUUCACCGAAAACCAUUCGUUAAAUGUCUCGAAACUUUUCUCCCGAAAAUUGCGAACCCAUGGAAAAUCGCAGCAUCCCACCCUCCGAGACGCUCUAUGGAAUCCUAUAGUUGAUGCCCAGUUAACCGCUGAUUGUUUCGACCAUCUCCUAUCCAAAACUUCUAUUAAAAACUUGACCAUUCCGCUUACGACUACCCAAGCAUUGGCCGGUGCAGUUCAUGAAAUUAUAACUUUCACUCUUUGAGAUGUGUCUGUAGCGAUUCGGCGUCUUCGUCAGUCUCAUAGCCCUGGAGCUGAUGGUGUCGCUGUAAGAGUCCUUAAUUCGGACGCAAGUGUAAUUUUUCCAUCACUCUAAUGCAAGAUAUUUAAUUUUGCCCUUGGAAGUGAAACCUAUCCUACUUUGAGGAAGGAAUCACACAUUUUCCCAUCCCAAGCAUGGCAAAUCUAAGUCAUUUGAUGACUUUCGACCAACAAACACCCACCCGGCAGUUUCGAAGAUCUUAGAGACAUUGAUCAAAGGUAAGAUGAUGUGUAAGUUAAAAGAGAAUAACCUACUGAGCGCUUCAUAGCAUGGAUUCCUCAAAGCUCGAUCUUGUGACACUUGUCAGCUGUCUUUCUUUGAUCAUGUUCCCCACCUAGGGACAAUGGUUUUGCAUCUUACACAGUCUAUUUCGACUUCACUAACGCCUUUGCUUGUGUUGCCCAUUCUCUUAUUCUCCUGAAACGGUCAUCUGUCGGAAUAGGUAGCGAACUUUUCAAUUUUAUAGCGUCUUACCUGGAGGCUCGCACAAAACUUGUUAAGAUUUCGAAUGCUAUCUCCAACCCCACAUGUGUGAGGAGUGGAGUUAUUCAGGGCAGUGUACUCGGCCCGCUUUUAGUUUCAGUUUCAGUUUAUUAAGGGAAAGAUAGGCGAGCGCCUUUGAACUCCCUAUCGGUUAAAAGUCGUCGGAGAAAAACAUUGAUAGUGGGAAGGUGAAAAAAGGGGUUUUGCACAUAAUCGCCGACAUCUACUCAAAAAGAGUAAUCAAUUAUGGUUACUAACUAGUUACAAGUAGUAUAAACAAGUUUAAGUUGGUGCCAGUUGUGUGAAUGGAUAUAAGGCUGGUAACUGGGAGGCUUGAUGUGCGUCAAGUGUACACUUAAAGGAAUUCACACAGGAGUAGGUUGCAACAUCGGUGGGCAGGGCAUUCCACGCUGCAAUCACUCUGUGACUGCAAAAGAACUUUCUUCCAUUGAUUCUUGCUUUCCCGGCGCGUAGUUUUAGGGGAUGACCUUUAGGGGAGGCCUUUUCGUUAAAGAUGUGCCAGAAUUAUUUCAGAAUGGUAAGCUCUUUAUGUAUGCCAAGGAUCUGAAAUUUGCGUACAUGUAUAAGCCGGCAGAUCGUGACACCGUGCUCGAGCCCCUAAAGAGCGAUCUAUUGGCCUUUGCCCAUUGGCGCCGCACAUGGCCCUUUCUCUUUCUUGGCAUGAAUGCUCAGUCAUGGUGGUUAGCGAUGAGCUCCAACUCUAACUAAAUAUUGACGGUCACGGCAUAAAUGUGCCUGGGGUUAUUAAGGAUGUGAGUGUGUCAUAAUCCAAUAGUUUUAAUCUUUCGGUGCAGUGCGCCCUGAUAGUUUCCACAGCACUUAGAAAAACCGGGUUUUUCGUUCGAAAUUUAAAAACUAGCGAUAUUGGAAUUUGCCCUUAAAAACUGUACACCAGACCUUGCCUAGAAUACCGUUCGUUUUUAUUUAGCCUCCUGGGUGCUGUUGAGCGGCAAAAAAUUAAAUCCGUCUAGCAUUUUUUUUUACCAAAAGAGUUUUAACCCAUGAACACCUACAUUUGUCUUAGCAAAAACGUUGCCGACUUACAGGCCUUGAUCCAUUGUGGUUUCGUAGAUUACAAAAGGGACCAUUUUGACUAUUUAGGCUUUUAUAUAAUCAUACAUUUAACCCACCUACUGCUUUAAGUCAUUCUGUCCACCUCCGACCUAACAGUCACCGUGAGGUAUUUUAUUUCUUCCUCUGGCGCGUACUGUUAAACUUUGUCGUUUCUUUUCUGUGAACGAAAUUGCUGUGUGGAAUAAAUUACCCAGGGAUAUAAAAAUUCUGCAAAUUAUCCUUUUUUAAGAGAACUAUUAAUCGCUUUUUGUAUUCAGAAAAACUCCUACAAAUUUUCGGUACUGAAUCCAUCGAUCAAAUAUAUUGUAGCGAUGGCGUUCUUGGUCUCUGAUCCUCAUGACCGGUCUCAUCGAGGACAAUUUCUUUGGCCAACAGCAACAGCUGUUCUUCAGUGCUUCUGUUUGAUCCAGUCCCGACUUCAUGAGAACGAACUGAAAAUGGGGACAGCCGAACCAGUGUUACCCACGUUUUCUGGACUACCGUCAGUUCACGGGCAGCUGUUUUUUCUCCUAAACCACCCAACUACAAAAACGCAGUCCUCAGGGUUAAAUUAUAAGGAUUUUUUUCAUUGACCGCCCGAUCUGUGCUUUAUUUUUUCUUUGACAGUGCCUGUAGACUGUUAUUGAUUAUUAUUAUUAUUAUUAUUAUUGUUAUUAUUAUUAUUAUUAUUAUUAUUAUUAAGAUGCUGCCGUCACUGAAACCGUAGACGCUUCUGUCGAAUAAAAAGACGCAUGCUCAGUCAAAUUAAAUCUCAUAAGUCUCCUUCAUCCGACGGACUACCUAGACUGAUAUUUAAGGAACUUUCAAUGGAGACUGCAAAACCUCUUUCAACUGUCUUUGAGCUGUCAAUCAGAAUGGGCAGGCUGCCCGAGUAGUGGAAGGCAGUCAGCCUCGUUGCCUUAUAUAAGGGAGGUAACUUAAUGGCUGCAAGCAAAUUCAGGCCUAUUUGCUGAACUUGCCUCCUAUGCAAAAAGAUAGAAAUUCUAGUAAAGUUUGCCACACACCAAUUGUGUGAAGAAAAUGACAUCUUGCAGAAUUUUCAGCAUGGUUUCCGGAGAGGACGUUCCUGCAUCUUAAAUUUGCUAACUUGUCUGAAGAUCUGGACUAGGACUUAAGAAAAGGGCUUCGAUGUCGAUGCCGUGUACAUCGAUCUCCGCAAAGCACUCGACGCUGGCUCGCACCAACUCCUUCUUCACAAACCAUGCGCCCUCGACAUCCAAAUAGGUCCUCGGAGCCGAAUAAAGGCGUCUCAGGUUGGUCGGGAAUAGCGUGUCCGUGCCGGAGAUGAUGCGUCGUAUUGGACGAAUGUGAUUAAUGGGGUGCCUCAAUGCCUAGUUCUCGGACCACUAUUCAUCAUCCUUUAUGGUAAUGACAGAAAUGCGGUAAUUUUUUUUACUUUCCAUAAUUAAGCUAAUAAAUUCUUAUACACGUAUUAUCCAACUACAUGGUGAUCAUUUGUUGACUGCUACUUACAUUUAUUAAAUUGUUUCAUUCGGUUAUAAAAGAAAUUAUAAAGUAAUUCUGCCAUAUUUAUUUAUCUGAUACACUUUUUAUAUUUCAGUUAGAAUUUCAAUCGGCUUUGUAAAUGAUACGCCAUCCCUGCACGUUUUUUUUUCGGGGACGGGACUAUAAUUAGCUAAGGUGUUCAUAUUUAGGCGCACAGCCCCUCUCAAAUGAGGCAUAGCUCCUUCUGUCCGGGAGAAUUGGCCGGUCCGGACGGGGCUGGCGCUAGCGUGGUAAAAGGGAUUGCGGUACAUGGGCAUAAUCAACGAAACAAUGACACCAAACAACAGACGGACGCGACAGCACGCGCUGUCUCAAGACGAACUAAGAUGUAUUUUAGCAGAUAUAAGCAACAGUACAAAGAAGUGCAAGUGUACAAUAAACUUUAAAGUGAAAAAUAAAACAUGCACGUAAACUAAGACUUCUUUCCGUCAUUUUCUUACUAUGUUCUUAUUUUUAGAUUAUUUUGCGCGAUUUGGAGUCCCAGGUUUCUGUCUGCUCAUAGCUUUUUACUUCCUUGUCGCCUUCCAUCAUUUUUCGGGCUUUAUUCCGCUUAUGACUUUUGGACAGUCAUUUUCGCCUUUGCCUUUGUAGCGGCCGAGUACGCCAGGGGUAGCACACACCAAAGUAAUGAAACGCUGAGAAGAGUUCCUGGUGGAGAUAGGUCUGAACAGAACUUUUAGCAUCUCCUGACGCCUAUUCACACGCAGGAGAAGGUACGUCAAGCAAGAGCUAUAAUACACUAUAACGAGAUGGGCACGGGAAAUGUGUAUAAUAACUGUUAGUAUACUUGUAGAAUGAGAAACUGCAAUGAGAUGACCUGUCUGAAUGGAUAGGCGAUCCUCGCAUACUGGCUAAACGGCCGGUGCGGAUGCAGCGCUGUGGAAAACUGCUGGGAAGUGGCGAGCGGGGAGCCGACGUUGAGCGAGAGAGAGAGAGAAAGAGAGAGACGAGAGCUGCGAUGCGUUGUGGGAGGGGGGUGUCGGCGGUAGUGAGAUAAAGGGACACCGGCCGUCUUCACCAGCACGCAGUUACACCAUCUCCAUCCCAGGUCCGCGCCAAACGUUUCGCAGCACUCAUACAACCCUGUUCAGGUGCAGGGACGUUACACCUUGCCAUGCGUCCCACUCAUCUUGUUUUUCUGCUGCGUAUAAGUGUGCCAAUAGUUGCACCAUGCACCACUUGCGCCCAGGCCGUUACCUUUUUGAUGCAGACAUGAAAGGCCCUCAGAUUUAUAGCCAGGGUUUCGCAUAACUGUAGUUGCCUAAAAAAUGCUAUAUGUGGACCUUGAUCAAAACCCGGCAACCUGAAGUCUAUAACAGCAGGCCACUUCAAGCUAGUUGUAUGUGUUAUCGGGAUGUAACCAGAGUUUUCCGAUUUUGGAUUAGUCAUGAUAGAUCCUUAGCGCGUUGCCGGUUGUCCCCGGCACCACGCUCAUGCGCUAACCACCUUGCAACUUUAAUCCUACUGGCCAUUGGAAGGCUGUCAUAUAUGAUAGUUUGCGACCUCGAUCCUCUUCGUAGCUAAUCCUCUGCGUUUACAUACCUUUAAUUGUUAUGCUCAGUCUUGCCUAUCGGUCUAUUCAUUAAACCUGCUUUAAUCGACUGGAGGUCCUAUCAAUACCGUGGUCAGUUGAUGCGCGGACACUUUGGGCUGGAGAGCGCCUCCCCGACACCCAAACACCUCAUCGUCGUUUUUGAUUGCAUGACCAGCCAACGACCGUCUCUAGACCAACCAGUACCUGCCAAGGGAGCACUGCGUGUUCCCUAUCCUGUCUGAAUUCCAACCGUCUUCCCGUCGUUCUAAAUAAGCCCUAAUCUUCCCUUAGGCCACUGUCUCGCGUUCUUAUCGGAUGUCGAAUAAGGGGGUUUUGACUCUUAGCACGGUUGUCGCUUACAGUGUCUCCGCCUGUUUAAACCGCUGAAAAUAAAUGCAGGGCUAUUAUUGGCUAACGGGUUUUCCUUGGGUUUUCUGCGGCCUCAUCGGUGCCUGCCCAGUACUCUCAUGCUCUCGCGCCUCCUCUGCUCGGCUUCUCAGGUUUGCCGCUCGACAUGCGUGUCGUGUGGCCUCAAACCACUUUUGAGAACCACACUUCGAUCUACUCCGCGAAAUUUUUCAACAGGCACUGACCGAAUUGCUGAGGGUUUGAAUGAGCGUUCGCGAACUGUGGUUGGAGCGUGGCUGGGGGUUCUUGCUGGGAUGACAUUUGGUGCAGUAAUACUUGGGGGCGUCACACGGUAUGCGUUGCUAAUGUAACUUUAUAAUUCAGCCUUACUGAAUCGGGCUUGUCAAUGGUCGAUUGGCACCUGUUUAAAGAGGUUCCGCCACUCACAAAUGAGCAAUGGAUUGCAGAAUUUGAAAAGUACAAGAAAUUUCCCGAAUACGAGCAGUAAGGGAGUGCAUCUCAAUUUAUUCUAUUUUAGUGUCGUACGUGAACGUGGGGAGAUGACACUUUCUCAUUUUAAAUUCAUUUGGCACAUGGAGUAUGGACAUCGUCAAUGGGGUCGUCUGCUCGGUCUUGUCUAUGCUCUCCCUGCUGGAUAUUUCUGGUAUAAAGGCUAUUUUUCUAGGCGCAUGAAGCCUCGGGUUAUCGCUUAUGGGGCGCUCAUUGCUUUUCAGGCACGUCGACGUCAUGUAUUAUUUAUUCCUCGGCUUUCAGCUACUUUGUUUUGCACAUUUUGAACUCAUCCUUCAUACAUUGUUUUACUUCUAUCUCAGGGUACUUUUCGUUUUAGGGCUUGCUAGGUUGGUAUAUGGUUAAAAGCGGAUUGAAGAAGCCCCAACCACCGGUAGGUGUUGGUCCGAACGAGGAUUUUGUCGGCGUGCCCCGAGUGAGCCACUUUCGCCUCGCUGCUCAUUUAAGCGCCGCGACCAUUCUGUACUCUCUCUUUUUGUGGGCUACCUUCAGUCACUUCGUAAAGCACCCGAAGGUGAGCAAUUGAUUUCCUGUUUUAUGUUUUAUCUUCCACGCUCCCUAAGAACCACUUUCCUACAUUCCUCUGUGACGAUUGAUUACUGCUUAUUUACUGUCGGUGGACCUGUCUCAAGCAGCCUUUUUUGUACUUAGUACGGCUGCGAUCAGGUCUGAUCUAGCCGGCCUCGAUAAUGUCUCGAACUGUACCUCUCCACGCGUAACGAUCCGCGGCAGCAGGUCUGGACAGUUCAACCCAUUCUCUUCGCCAGCGACGGAGACCGAAUACCGAAGAUCCAGAAACCACCAUCAUGUCUCGAGCCAGGUUUUGAGUUGACCGUCUCUUCGAUACCUCCAAUGAGUUAACGGUGCCGGAUGGAGCGCAAUAACACUAAGCACUAAAGGUGGACGACGAAGAACAUGCCCAAACCACCACAGUCGCCUUUCUUUGAUUGCCUGGGUUAUCUUUGCAAUCUUGUCGCAGCGAGCGCGCAUUGCGUCAGUUGAGACGAAAUCGAUGUAGCUUACUCAAAGGAUGGUCCUUAAACAGUAGUGGUCAAGCACCUCCAGUGUUCGCUCGUCCUCCACGCGCAACGCCCAGCAUUCACAACCGUAGGGAAGGACAGACCGGACAGGUACACGCGACUCUUAGUGGCGAUGUGAAGAUCGCGUCGGACCCAUAGGCAUUUCCUAAGGCUCGAGAAAACCUGUCGGGCAGCAUCAAUUUGGGAGAUAAUGUCAUCCUUACUCUGCCCAUUCGGCAGCAGCCUCGCCCCAAGGUAUUUAAAACUGUUUAUUUCAACUUUGAUAACCAUUAAUCUCGAGAGGUGCCUUCUCCUGGUCAGAGCUGCAGCUUGAAAACAUUUAGGUCUUCUCAGCGUUUAUGGAUAAACUGACCGCUUUAGCGACUCCGAUCGCCCAUGACACCGUAGACUGCAGAUCACCAAAACAUGAAACAAAUAAGGCAAUAUUAUCGACACCUUUGAGAUCAGUCAGUCGGUGUUCGGGUGCAAAUUCAACACCGUUACCAUCUUGUAGGGCACUCCAGAGAAUCCAGUCAAUAGCGCAGUUAAACGGAAUGGGUGACAGGAUACAACCCUGUUGAACGCCAGACCGAAUACCAAACGGUUGGUAAAGAUUGUUGCGGACCAGGACUCGCGCGGUGGUGGAGCGAUAAUAGGCCCCGGUCGUGGCGAUGGUUUUUGGCGGUACACCAUCUAGUACCAUUACCUGCCAUAGAGACUCACGGUGGACGGAAUCGAACGCGGAGGCAAAGUCAACAAAAUAGACCACCGUCGGUUGCCGGUAACUAUGGCGAAAUUCGAGAAUGCGCCUCAUUUGGAAUACCUGGUCAGCGUAUCCACGUUUAGCAGGAAAUCCGGCUUGGUUCGGCCUCGUCCUAGAGUCACGCACAGCCUGGAAUCGCUACGUAGGACAAUAGUAAAGAUCGUCACAGCAACGUCGAUGAGGCUUAUGCCGCGGUAGUUCUCGCACCUUGUCUUAUCUCCAUUUUCGAGGAUAAGUACAAAGAUGCCGAAGCCUCAGUCAUCCGGAGCAGUCUCGUUUCUUCACACAUGUUCAAUCACCUCAUGGAGAUGGGGCGCAAGAGUGUCGACACAAGGCUUGCAGAUUUCAGCGGUAUACUGUCCUCUCCUUCGAAAUUGGGGUUGCAUGGCACUGCAUAGGUUGUAGACGGAAGAAACCCCGCUGCAGAGGAGAGCAGGGACGAGGUGGGUUGGGUAUCAAAGUUGAGAUGAUGCUCGAAGUGCCAACGCCAGCUCACGGCUUCAGCCGAACUGUCAGCAAUAAAGCCGCCAUUCACGUCGCCAACAGCCACUCUGUGUAGAGGGCUUACCGCUAACUUGGCGCAUAAGUUGGUAGAGUUUUCGAGUGUUACCAACGUUCGAGGCUUGUUCCAUGGAGGUCGCUAUUUCAGCCCAAUAUUGCUUCCGGUCAUCCCUGGCCGACUUUGCCGUCAUCUUUCGAAGUUGGCGGAAGAAAUAAUCAUUACGGGACCUGGCUCGAGCCGUCUGAGCAGACAACUGCAGGGUUCCUCCACUGAUCCAGUCACUGCGGCAUCGCUGGGUGUAUCCAAGGAUUUUCUUAGCUGCCCCAUAGGCUAACGUUUUUAGUGAAGACCACUGGUUACUGCCGUCUUCGUCGUCCCGGGUCGUAAAACAGGAUCGGAUUUCUCUGCCCAAGGUCUCAGCAGUGCUGGUUUGUCGGAUGUUUGCGACAUCGAGGCGUAUAGAACGUGGCAUUUUUGGCGCGGAUGAGAGGUGAACCUUCAAGCGUGUACGAACGAGGACAUGGUCCGAUUCAUACUCUUGGCUUCAGCGAAGUUUGUGUUUUCUUGCACUUCGUACCAUUUCUUAAAGUUUCCCGUAAUUUAUAUGCGUAAAAGCCUUGCAGUAUUUCCAGAAUCACGAUUUUUAUUCGUAAACGACCUGUUAUUUAAUUUGCCUCAAACCUUGUCUUUUUGAAAUCGUCUGUACCAAUUUAAAUGAUCUUAGUGCGAAGUUGAUCACAUGCCCACAACCCGUAUUAACUUACCACUGCGUGCUCAUGCAGGAGUGUAUGAAGACGGAAUAUUUUCACAUGGCCCAGCGAUGUUUCACUCAGGAACUUGCCCUAGCAUUUUCACCCCAAUUAUUUUUACUAUGAUAAACCUGCUCUGUCCGCCCACAACGUUGAUAAGUUUUGUCUGUUAGGUGGAAUAUCUCUGUAAUACUGUGGUAUUCCUCUAGCUCUAAAAUACAAGUUGCGCUGCCUCUUUACGAUCCGUAUUCUACACUACAGUACGAAGGAGGAAGGCAAGGACCGUCCUGGCAACGAUCCUGGACUAGACCAGUCUUUCUCUUUAAUUUCGUGAUAUUGUUUAUUAUUAUCUGUCUGAAAAAGACCUCAUAAUAUAGGCCCUUCAUCGCCGUCCAUCCUUUUAUAGAUUCCCAAAUUUGACGGACUAUUACGCCUCAAAAUUUGGACACACUCUUCCAAGGCACUUGUAUUCACAACACUCGUCUGGGGUAAGUGCGCGUCAUUUUUCUGACUUUUUUCUCCCGGAGGAAUAUGGCUGGCAAUUUUAUUAACCGCACUGGUCAUAUGCUCUGUGUGAACAUUGCGUUUUAAGGUGCAUUUGUGGCUGGUCUCGACGCCGGACUGGUUUACAACUCAUGGCCGAAGAUGGCUGACCGAUGGGUGCCGGAAGACUUAAUCGUACCACGCUACGGCUCUACAGGACGAAACCUGGUGGACAACCCGACAGCAGUCCAGUUCAUGCAUCGCAUGCUGGCCUACACGUCGGUAGGCUGCGUUUGCACUUUGUGGGGUCUUACGAUGAUGGCCGGUCGAGGCCGAACGGGUACACGCAUUCGCAACGCCGCUCACCUCAUGCUAGCUGCGGUAUUUGGUCAGUCAGCACUUGGCGUACUCACCCUCCUCAACUACGUUCCUGUGUCGCUUGGUGCGAUGCACCAGGGCGGCAGUCUCAUCCUCUUCUCUACUCUUUUAUGGUUUUCGCACUGUCUGCGUGCUGUGCCGAAGGUGUAA